AUGAGCUCCGACCAUCAACUGCUAUCUGAGUCUCAUAUCUUGCCAAGUGAGGAAACAACUGAAACUGGUCUACCACAUGCAAGUAAUUCAAACAAUGACUGGUCGCAUGAUGUUCAUUCGUCUCGAUCGGAAGCCGAAACAAUAUUACAGCAACCAAGCAACGUCUUAAAAUCAUCCAAUAAUGGGUCCCAGUUGAGUUUGGGAUCGCCUAUGCAUGAUAAUUUAUCCAAAUUCGACGCAGAGGAUAAUUCAAAUGGGGGUGACAAUGAGUCAGAGUCAGCAGACCAUUCCAGCCAUAAACUUACUGAUGAAUCUGCGAUGAAAAAGUUAUCUAUACGCGAUGCAGAAGACCAAGCAAUUGGCCAGGACGUUGACAAUGAAGAACCUAAUAAAGUGGUGCACGGCAUGCCUCUUCGAGUACCUGGAACUUUUGACGUCAGUGCUUUAACAGGAGAAAAUGAAAAAGAGGAAGAAUAUAACCAAUUGCGAGAAACAAUCAAUAAAAGUGAAAGUAAAGACUCAAUUGGACCUGGAAUGUUUGAACAGAUGAGCCUGGGGGAGACGAAUUCCAACAUUGCGCUAAAUACUUCGGCAAGUGUUAUUGCUGAGGAGGGCGAAAUUGAUCAUAAUGCGGUUGAAGUAGGUGACGCCUCAGUAGAAGAAAAUUCUCAAGAAGAAAGAGAAAUAUCACCUGAUGACUCUGCAUUCCUGACUGCUUCAUAUUACAAGUCGUCGCAACCGAAGGAUGAAGGUCAAGCUACAGAACAUGAAGAAUCGGAAAAAGUUGCAACUAGUAGUUCGCAAGCUGACGCCGAACUGCUCAAUUAUAAAUCAACUUUAGAUCCAGGAAAGCCGGCUCAGUUUACCCAACCCCCACCAAUUGACAUCAAUCAAUAUCUAAAUCAAAGUGAUGAGGAUGACUCGUCAAGCAACCUAGUCUAUUCUCCAAAUUUAAAAAAUGAAUUAGAUAGAAUACCAACCAUUGAAAAUGAAAACAUUGAUGAAAUUCCUCCAAUGAAUCCGAAACGUUUCCAACAUCAGUUCAACCAAACUCCAUCAAUGGAGGCGGAACAACAAGAAGGUCAGAGCAGAAAUGUGUCUUCAACAUCAACAGUUGUAAGAACUCCCAAGGAAGAACAAACUACCAAUGCAAAGGCUUCGAAAAGUAGUCAAUCAACAGUCCAUAACCAAACAGCAGCAAUCACACCUGUUCCACCAAGUACAACCAAAUUCCCCUCGUACCUGGCUACAUCAACCAAUUCCACUUUGGUCAGUUCUUCGAAUGGAACUAUACCAUCGCCUAAUCUCUCAAUUGGCCUCAAUACGGCAAAACAGUCACCAAAAACAGAAAAGAAGAAAAAUAAAAUGCGCGAAGUAUUUUCGUCAAUGUUUGGCAAAAGCAAAUCUUCAGCGACCCCCGCACCCCCAUCACCAGAGCUCAAUAUGAAGAUCAGUACUCCUUUUAACGCGAAGCAUGUUGCUCACGUAGGCGUUGAUGAUGAUGGUUCGUACACAGGCUUACCAGUGGAAUGGGAAAGGCUAUUAGCAGCUAGUGGUAUUACAAAGAAGGAGCAAGAGCAGCAUCCUCAGGCUAUGAUGGAUAUAGUGGCGUUUUAUCAAGACACAAAUGAAAAUCCGGAUGAUCAUGCAUUUCAAAAGUUUGGAAUCAACAAAAACAAGAGUGACUCGAGUGGCUCGGAAAAUUUUGAAAAUACACCCCCUGCGACACCAGUUAGUGAAUCAAGGAGUCCGCAAAGGGUGUCCACCACGUCACUUGAUAAAGUUGUUGAAAGUGAUCACGAAACCCCAAGACAAGGAAGAGUCUCGCCAAAACUGAGCAGAGGACAAUCACAAACACCUCAACAGGACACACCAAAAGUUCAUCAAGAGAACCAAUUUAUUCCUAGCAGGCCCGCACCCAAACCACCUUCAACUCCAGGAUCUACACUGGGUGUGGCCCGAACCCCCUCGUCACAGAAGCAAGGACUAGACUAUACGCCAAGACAAAUGCGCACAUCACCACCAAAUCAAACGAAAUCGCCAGCUUAUUUGGAGAAAAAGACACUUUCACAGAAAUCCGUCAAGUCUUUGAGAGCCCAAACUAAUGGAGGUAUUGAUAAGUUUAAUAAUAUUCCGGCACCACUACCACCUCCUUCGCCAUCUGUCCCUUCAAAUAUUCCUAAAUCGAAAUCACAUUCUGCAUCUUUAUCCAAUCGAAUCAAGCCAACUGCUACAGGCUCAACCACAGCUCCUGUUGCACCAACCCCACAGUUUGAUGAUUUGAAUGUACCAAGGCAGAGAAAGAACGAAUUCACCUCGCAUCGCGCACCACCUCCUCCACCAGUACCUAUGCAUCAAGCAAUUCCUCCUCGUAGUGAUCCCCAUCAAGCACUAGCUAAUGCAACUGCUCCAACUGUGUUGAAAGAAGGACAUCAGAAUAAAGUACUUGAAGCAAAAAAGAGAUUGAAAGAGCAAAGGGAUAGAGAAAUCGAGGAACACAAAAACAAACAGGAAGCCAGAAAGUUGGAGCAGCAAAAGCAAGAGCAAUCGAAUCAGCCUACGCCUACACAACUGAACAUAGAUCCAAAUGGAGCUGCUCCUGGUCCUGCAUUGAAAAAGUCAUCUGGGGGCACUGUGCGUGAUGCUAAACAAGCUGCUCUUUUAGCGCAGAAGAAGCGUGAAGAGAAGAAGCGCAAGAAUUUGCAAAUCAUUGCCAAACUUCAAAGUAUAUGCACCCAAGGUGAUCCAAAGGAGUUGUACGUCGAUUUGAUCAAGAUAGGACAGGGUGCAUCUGGAGGUGUAUAUAUUGCCCACGAAGUUGAAAAGGGAAAUCGCACUGUUGCAAUCAAACAAAUGAACCUUGAGCAGCAGCCAAAGAAGGAGUUGAUUAUCAAUGAGAUUUUGGUCAUGAAGGGUAGCAAACAUCCCAACAUUGUCAAUUACAUCGACUCUUAUUUAGUGAAGGGAGAUUUAUGGGUCAUUAUGGAGUACAUGGAGGGUGGAUCCUUGACUGAGAUUGUUACUCACAGUGUCAUGACUGAAGGACAAAUUGGUGCUGUUUGUCGAGAAACAUUGAAGGGGUUAAAGUUUUUGCAUUCAAAGGGUGUCAUUCACCGUGAUAUCAAGUCGGAUAAUAUAUUACUCGAUAUCAACGGUAAUAUCAAAAUGACCGAUUUCGGGUUCUGUGCUCAAAUAAAUGAGCUUAAUUUGAAGCGAACAACGAUGGUGGGAACUCCAUACUGGAUGGCCCCUGAAGUUGUUUCGAGAAAGGAGUAUGGUUCAAAAGUGGAUAUUUGGUCUUUGGGAAUAAUGGUAAUUGAGAUGAUUGAAGGUGAACCGCCAUAUUUGAAUGAAACACCGCUUCGUGCAUUAUAUCUCAUUGCCACCAAUGGAACACCAUCCUUGAAAGAGCCUGAAGCAUUGAGUUACGACAUUCGUAGGUUCUUGUCGUGGUGUUUACAGGUUGAUUUCAAUAAGCGUGCUACUGCAGAUGACUUGUUACAUGAUAAAUUUAUACUAGAAAGUGAUGAUGUUGAGAGUUUGAGUCCAUUGGUGAAAAUUGCCAGAAUGAAAAAGGCUACUGAGCAGGAUGAGUGA